UGCUAUACAUUCUUUCAUCUUGGAUAUUGAUGACGAUUUAAUAAUAAAUCAUUUUACUAAUGAAGAAUUGAAAGAGUUGGAAUCCGUGAAUAUACCUGAUAUACCAGAUAUACCAGAAGAAAUCAUCACUUGUUUAGAAAAAUUUCUCAAUAAGACAAAUUCGGAUGAAAUUAGAUCCACACUAAAAGAAAUUGGUUUUGAAACUAGAAAUCAUGAUAUUGAUUACAUCUGUCUUGCAAUCCAUGCUUGUGUCAGGGAGAUAGAAAGCGGAAAGCUAAAAAUUGAAAACCUAGAAGCAUGGUAUGAUUGUCAUCUUUGGGAGGUAAUAAUUGAUCAAGCUUUUGGCAACGUCAAAACUUUAAAUAUAGUGAGAGGUGAAAGUACAAGUAUUUCAACAGCCGUAAGAAAAAACUUCGACAGACAACUUGGUUCAAGACGCAAGAUGGGAUAUAGGACCGAUUGGAUAUUAAGAUCCAUAGGAAAAGGCGAAAAAAAUGAAUUUGCUGCUGGAGAAGCAGGAAAAUUCUGGAGUGAUAAAAAAGGAACCAAGUAUAUAAAAGAGAACAGUCUUAAGUUACCCAAAAACUUAAAAGAUAUGUUAACUAACUUAAUGGAAAAAGUGAACUUUGAUGAAAAUAAAUGUAGAAAAUUACAAACGAUUGGUAUAAUCCAUUCGGGAUUAGUAAUGGCGGUGAUGUAUAUGGAAAACCCUAAAGGAUACAUAUCCAGAAUUCAUCGUGGCGAAUUAUUCAAAAUUCCAGAUGAAGAGGAGAAUUUCCCAUCACUUCUUAACAUUAUAGCAGUGGUCCUUAAUUUUAAAAGCGCAGUUUUGGAGACCUUGAAAGUCAUCAAACCAGAAACACCCACAACCAAAUCAUUGAAAGAUGCUGGGAUACGUAAAAAUGUUGCACGCCAAGACAAACAUUGGUUUCCAAUGUGUAUAUCAACUCCUAAAAGAUAA